AUGCCUUCUUACGACGAUUUCGAGGUUUCCGAGGUCAAGUCCGACGCCGAGUUUGACGCCAUCAUCGAAUGCGAAAAGGCGUCUUACUCGACGCCCCAGAACCCCAUGUUCGAUACGUGGUGGAUGGAGCAUCUCUUCCAAUCGGAGCCUGAUCCGCAUGCAGCUGCCAUACGUGAGCUUUCUGACCGUCAGCUCAGCUGGCACAAGGCCGAUCCGGGCAGCCACUGGGUGAAAGUAACGGAAAAGAGCACUGGCAAAGUUGUUGGCGCAUCGCAAUGGGUAGUCCACGAUCAUAACCCGUUUGAGAAGCCUCAAGAGCCGAUGAACGCUUACUGGUGGCCCGAAGGCGAUGGCCGCAAGUACGCCAGUCUUUACCUCAACCGCAUGCUGGAAUUGAGGCCUAGGAUCAUGAGCAGGCCCAACACUUUGAUCGAGAUCAUGUUUGUGCACCCGGACUACCGCAGGCGCGGCGUGGGAUCCUUGCUCAUGGAAUGGGGUGUCCGGAUGACUGAUGAGUUGGGACUUCCCGGAUUUGUCGAGUCUACCGCCGACGGUGAGGGACUCUACAAGAAGUUUGGCUACGAGACGGUGGGAACGCUCAACUUCGACCUUAGCAUUCCGAAUCCGAGUGAGGAAUGGAAGCAGUUGCAGGAGAAGUACCCUGCCAUGCCAGGCGUUCAGAUGUACCGCCCUCCUGGAGGUAAAUACCCUGAGGGCAAGAAGUCGUACCCUUGGGAAAAUGGCGCGUGA